AUGAAGUUUCACGAGAUUUCGAAUGAAGAUGUUGCCAAGAGUGCCUUAGUGAUGCGUCCAGAAAGAGGUGGAAAGUGGGCGCACAUCCAACUCGCGCCAUAUAAAAGCCUCAACAGCCGCCUCUCGCUAGACACAAUAGAAACAGUACUCGAUGUUGCCAAGCAUGCCAUGAUCCCGCGUCCAGAUGGAGGUGGAAAAUGGGCGCACACCCAACUCGCGCCACAUAAAACCUUCAACAGCCGCCUCUCGCUAGACACAACGGAAAUAACACUCUUUGAGAAAAGAAAGCAAGCUGUAGCUUUAUCUACAUCACCGCAAGACUUUGUGUAUCCACAUACCCCCAGGAGACCAUUGUACUCAAGCUACACCUCAGCAGGAAUGGCACACCCACGCCCUCGUGUCCUUUUCCUGCUGCUCCUCCUCAGUGCCGGCGAGGAGAGCCAAGUGGGUGCUUCGCAGGCUGGCACCAACAGCUUAGCCUCUGCCAUCUCACAGCUGGUGCGGGAUUUCUUGCCCAGCUGCCAUCUGGUUCUUGUCUCCACGUCGGAGUUUUCGUCUGUGUUCUCCGAGAUGCAGUCAGGCGUCCUCGGAGCUGGCGUGGGAGCCGUGGUGGUCAACAGCAACGAGAUCCUGACCUCCCUUGACCUCGCUUCCCGAGAUGACCUCUUCAGCGGCCUCUGGGGGGACGCUGCCACCACCUGCCGGGCGCUCCUGAUCGAAAUCUUUGGGGACUUCGAUACAGAUCAUCUUUUUCGGUUCCUCGAAGAAUCUGGCAUUUCCCAAAGACCUGAAGCGCGGGUCGUCCUCGUGGGACCUCCGAAGGGCGUCGAGGUCGUCCUCCAGAACCCGCUGCUCCAGAACGCCAUCCACGCCCUCUACCUCACCCUCGAGAACCUGGGGAUCGAGAGCAAGCGCAAAAAACUCGCCUCCGCUUUGAAGGUGGACCUCGGGUUGGAGGAAGAGUGGAGCAACUUGCACGUGUACCGGAAGUGCCUCUACUGCAACGCCGGCGAUGCUGACGUCAGACUUGUCCGCCGCUGGACGCCCGACCUCGGCCUCGGCGCCAAGGACGAGCUCUUUCCCGACGAAUUCGGAGACUUUAACGGCCACAAGUUCACGGUGGUCGCUAAGCGGUACUUCCCUUAUAUGGACGCGAGUCUCGAGACGAAUGAACCCGGUUCGAGACUCACUGUGUUGGAUUCGCUCGACACUCGGAUCUUCCUCGCCCUGGCUCGCUAUCUGAACUUCACCUUCGAGACGUGGUCAACGGCGGAUAGCGAAUUCGGAGUGGACAAAGGAGACGGCAACUGGACGGGCAUGGUCGGGGCGCUGCAACACGGGCACGCGGACUUCUCCUGCGGUAUUACACCGACUAGGGCACGCGGGCAGGUCGUCGACUUCUCGAGGGUAUACAUUCCGGAGCCCUGGGUCAUCGUGUCCCUCAAACCCCAGCCGCCGCCGCAGUCGUGGUCGCUCGUGAGACCUCUGACAGGCACCGUCUGGCUCGCUCUCGUCCUCAGCAUCUUCGUCUUCGCCUUCGUCCUGUGGCUCCUGCAGAGGGCGUGGUCGUGGGUGUCGGGGGGGCGUGGCCUGCACCUCUGCCGCGCCCUCAUGUAUGCCUGGGGAACCACCCUCGAGGACCCGCCCUCUGAGCCUCCAGCCAACCCCACGAGCCGAAUGCUGGUCGUCUGGUGGCUCAUGUUCUGCCUCGUGGCCACCACCGCCUACAAGUCCGCCCUCAUCGCCCACCUGACCGUCCAGCUGGAGUCCCCGCCCAUUGACACCUUCGAGGACCUCCUGGGACAGAGGGGCUGGGGCUGGGGGAUGUCCCUGACCGGAAGUGCCAUGCAGUCCUUCCUGAACACGAGUCCCGACCCCGUGAUUCGGAGGCUGGGGGAGAACGUGCAG